AAGAGAACACCCGAGAUGCUCCUCCUUCGCUCCCACCGCCCCCCUUGCCGCCUUCCUCUCCUCCACCGCAUCACCAUGUCCUCCUCCUCCUCCACCACCCCGGCGCCGGCCUCGUCAGCGGCAGCGGACUACCACUGCCGCACCAAGCACAGCCUCACCGCCGGCUACGCGCGCGGCCCGGGCCGCCUCGACUGGGCCAACCAGCCCAACCCCUUCCUCCGCUUCUCCCCUUCCUCGCUAAUCGCUCUCCCCAACCCGCCUCCGGUUCCGGCUGGCUCCCCCGUCCACUACCCGGCCCUCUUCCACUCCCCGCCGCCUCCGCCGCGGCCGCUCUCGCUCCACUCCCUCUCCGACCUCCUCUUCCACUCGCUCGCCCUCUCCGCCUGGAAGUCCGCCGGCGCCUCCACGUGGUCCCUCCGCGUCAACCCCAGCAGCGGCAACCUCCACCCCACCGAGGCCCACGUCCUCUUCCACCACCCGGAGGAGGAGCCCCGCCGUCUCGUCCUCGCCCACUACGCGCCCCGCGACCACCUCCUCGAGAUUCGCACCACAGGCCCCACUGCCAACCCUUCGGCUCUGCUGCCACCGCCGGCGACCGCGCUCCUCGCGCUCUCGUCCAUCUUCUGGCGGGAGGCUUGGAAGUACGGCGAACGGGCGCUGCGCUACUGCAACCACGACGUGGGCCACGCGCUGGCCGCCGUCGCGGUCGCCGCGGCCACGCUUGGGUGGGACGCCCGGUUGCUGGACGGCUUGUCCGACCAGGACCUUGGCAGGCUAGUGGGGGUGGACAAAGGCUGCCCUGCUCCUCCUCCUCCGGACAGUAACGUGGCGACAAGCAGGGGCAAGGCGCCGUGGGUCGAGAGGCAUCACCCGGAUUGCGCUCUUCUUCUGUUCCCCGUGGGCUCGGAGCCGGAGGUGGACUACGCCAGGAUGAGCGAUGCUCUGAGGGGGUUUGAUGGGUUGGAGUGGGCGGGCAGGGCGAAUGGGCUCAGCAAGAGUCACGUGGUGUGGGAUGUCAUCUACCGCACGGCCGAGGCGAUCAAGAAGCAUCGUCCCGAGCCCGGCGAGCAGUUCUCGGUGAGCCCAUGGCGCAAGAGUGCGGAGCUAUCUGAAGGGCUGUAUAAGGAACGUACGGUGCAGGAGGUGGUGCGGCAGCGGAGGAGUGCGGUUGACAUGGAUGGGACGCACGUGAUGUCCAAGGAACAGUUUUACCAGAUGCUGUUGCAUUGCUUGCCUUCAGGUGAGGUUGGCCCGGCGGAGCGACAGGGACCGCAGAGCGCUCUACCAUUCCGUGUGUUGCCGUGGGAUGCAGAGGUGCAUGCUGCGCUGUUCGUGCACCGUGUCUCGGGGCUGUCCAAGGGGCUGUACUUCUUGGUGAGGAACGAGGACCAUUUUGAUACGUUACGACAUGCUAUGAGACAGGACUUCGAGUGGGCUCGACCAGAGGGUUGCCCUGAUGGCCUCCCACUGUAUAGACUGUUGAAAGGAGACUGCGAGAGGUUGGCAAUGCAGAUUUCAUGCUUGCAGGAUAUUGCCUCACAUGGAUGCUUUAGCCUUGGGAUGAUUGCACGAUUUGAAGCUGUGCUGCGUGACAAAGGUGAAUGGAUGUAUCCUCGUUUAUUCUGGGAGACUGGUGUUCUUGGUCAAGUUCUCUACCUUGAGGCGCAUGCUGUAGGAAUAUCUGCCACAGGGAUUGGUUGCUACUUUGAUGAUGCCGUUCAUGAGGUACUUGGUUUGAAAGAUUUGGAGUUUCAAAGCUUGUACCAUUUUACCGUUGGCGCCCCUGUACUUGACAAGCGGAUUAUGAGUCUCCCUGCCUACCCAGGUCCAGGGAUUGAUGCAUGAUUCCUGGGUUCAGAGAGUGAUGAUUCAGGCCUACAGAUCAAUGCUUGCACGAUGGUGCUUCACAUGGAUGUUUUAGCCUUGGGAUUAUUGCAGGAUUUAAAGCUGUACUGCCUGACAAAGGUGAAUGCAUGUAUCCUCGUUUAUUCUGGGAGACUGGUGUUCUUGGUCAAGUUCUCUACCUUGAGGCGCAUGCUGUAGGAAUAUCCGCCACAUGGAUUGGUUGCUACUUUAAUGAUGUCGUUCAUGAGGUACUUGGUUUGAAAGAUCUGGAGUUUCAGAGCCUGUGCCAUUUUACCGUGGGUGCCCCUGUGCUUAACAAGCGGAUCGCGAGUAUCCCUGCCUACCCAGGUACAUGGAUUGAUGCGUAGUUCGUGGGUCCAGAGAGUGAUGAUUCAGGGAUACCGCCUACGGAUCAACAUCCAAAUGCCUGGAUGAAACGAGGAGUCAGUUCCCUUGUAUAGCAGAGCAGCAUGUUUUUUCUUACCUUGUGGUUCCUGCCCUCAUAAGCCAUACCACCCUGCAUGUUUUGUACAGUUGUCGUCUUCCGAGUAAAGGAGCCUUAUGAUGACAAGAUGGAGUGUAUCCUGAUCUUCGUACAUGAUCAGCAAUCA